GGGGCGCUCGCGGACCUUGCUCAGCGGCCCCCUCUUGCUUUAGAACCGCCUCACAGGGUGAUCCUGGAGCCUCCGGUCUUGGAGGGCAGAGAGCACAUUCUGCGCUGCCACGUGACGCACGUGUUCCCGGUGGGCUUCCUGGUGGUAACUCUGCAGCGUGGCGGCCGGGUCAUCUACUCCAAGAGCCUGGAACGCUUCACGGGCCUGGAUCUGGCCAACGUGACGCUGACUUACAAGUUCCAGGCUAGGCCCCACGACCUCUGGAAGCCCGUGACCUGCCACGCGCGCCUCAAUCUCGACGGGCUGGUGGUCGGCAGCAGCUCAGCACCCGUGACGCUGACAUCCUUGGCUUGGAGCCCCGCGUCCAAAGCCUUGGCUUCCACUUCCAUCGCAGCCUUUGUGGGGAUUGUUCUCGUCCUGGGGGCCGUCUAUCUGCGAAAGUACCUACUGAUGCAGUCCGAGGCGUAGGAGGGGAGGUCCUUGCCGGCUGAGUCCGAGCAAAAUCCGGGACAAUUUGGAGACCCCUCCUAAGUCAAUAAAGCCUUCCUCAGUCA